AUGAGCGCCGGCGGGGGUUUGAGGAGCCUGCUGGCGGCGGCGGCGGUGAAGGGGGUGGAGGAGGCGCGGGCGAGGAUAUUCGGACAUGUACUGAACCCACUGGGGAAGCGAUCGCCCAACAAGAUCCUGCGGAAGAAGCUCAUCGGCGACCAGGUGGCGGAGUGGUACCCUUACGACAUCAAGUUCGACGACCCCCUCGUCAUGGCCCGCGAGGAGAAGGAGUAUGAACUCUCUCCAUCUCCUCUGCUUUCUCGCUUUUUUGCGCCUGUUCUUUCUCGACCAGGUGGCGGAGUGUGUACACAGUACUUCUGCAGUGCUGUGGUGUUGGAGUGUUGUUUCAUGUUUUUCUUGUCCAUCUAUCCAUAUGUAAAUCCAUUUCCUGCUUCCCUGGUGACCCGUUUUGAAUGAACCCUGUGUACACAUUAGAAGCUCAUAACUCAAUUUUCCCCUUUUUAGUUUCUGUAUUUGCUCAUGCUUAUCAGGAUUCAUUGUCUCCCAUGACUCCCUUGAUAAUUCCUUUUGUAGAAAGGUUGCUCAGGUGUCCAUUAGAGUAGUAUUCGAACAGAAGCAAUAUGAAACUGAUAAUGUUCUUGUUAUUCCGUCGUUGGCUAUUUAUCUUUUGUUAAAUCUUCUUCAACCGAGGAUGGAGACGGUACUUAAUUAGUUGACUCAAUUGUCUUCUACUUCAUUGCUGGAGUUUAAUAAAAGUUACUUUCAUGUCAUCUAGAGAAAACAGAGCUGCAUAACAUUGACCAAGGUCCUAGCAACCAAGAUCAUAGAUAAAGAUUUUACCAGGAAAAGCCUAACCCAUCAAUUCCGGAAUGUUUUAUACUCUAGUUAAGAAAUUUCAAGCUGUUCAUUCAAGUUUUAUUUAACUUCCUUGAUCGUCACUCAAUUCUUCCUAACACAUCAUUGGUAUCUGGUCUUCAAUGUCCCGCCACUGACAUUUUUUCAUCAAGCAUCCUUUGGAACAUAGGGAAGAAAUUAUGUUUUGAUGACUGUUCUCCUUGAUUGUGAUGUGGGGCUCUGACCUGAGAUUAUGAUGUGGGACUCUGACCUGAGAUUAAUGGUUGAGCUAGUAGUGGUUAAUUGUCAUUGUUAUCUUGGAUAAAAUAAAGUUCAAAAGAGCCAAAAUUAUCUUGGAUGAAUAUUGAUGUCGAUUUCCCUGAGGAACCUACUCCCAAAUUCCAUGCUAGUGGGAGGGACGCCGUGGACGAAUGGUCAUUGGGUGAAGUAGCGACUUACUGCAAGACAGCAAUGAGAUGUAGACACAAUAAAAGGGUUCCUCAAGAGACAAAGAAAAAGAAUGUUUCUGGAUGGAUCACUGACUAGACUCCGAGUGAUGUAUUGACUCUUGGUUAUGUUGUUUGUCAUCCUUUAGUGAAUUAGUUGACGGAAGUAGAGCACAUCGAGGGUUUAUUCUUCCACCGUCUCAGGAAAGGAAUACAUUCUAAAAGCAGUUAAUGAAUUAUGAAAGAUGUGUUGCGAAUGGCCUUUUGAAAUAGUGAAAAUGAUUUCCUGGUACCGAACUGCACGGAUUUUUCAAUUUAUGGGUGAGAAAGUGGAAGCUUUGGAGACUAAUGAGGGAAGCUUGGGGUUGUAACUGAAAGAGAAAAGUUGCUAGAAUCCGAGCAUUGGUUCUUUCCAUUAGAGGCUGACUAAGAGUUGGGCGUGGUGAUUGUAGAAGACUCGAAAUAUUUUGCUCACAGCCACAGAGGAACGAGUUAAAGUAGAGAGAUUAUUUGCCUCAAUUAUAUAUUUAAAUAGCUGUUGAAAGUCGGGAUGGUUAGGAGUUCAAUAAUGUUCUGUUAGAGUCAAGUGGGAGUCUUCUGGAUUUGGUCAUGCUUUUAUUCCUGGGGAAUUGGAACCGCAAAUCAGCGAGGGAAUUGAGUCAGAAAGCAUGAGACCUAGGAAACAGAGAAUGAUUAGUAUCUUCGACUGAUGCGAAAUCUGGCAGAACCUGAAUAUAGCUGAUAACAUUCUCUGGUCCGUAGUGAAGAAUAAAAUAUGAAAAAUGAAGCAAAUGGGUGACUUUCAGUCAAAUAUUUCAUUAUAGUUAUUACUAAGGGGGAAUACUAAUGUGGAAGAAUGUUGAGAACUUUACUACAGGAAAUUUCUCCAUUAGAUUAAAAUGUUGCUCUAAAAGGAUUGCAAAACAUCAUAAAAAAUAUUAAGAAUUGUACUACAGAAUUGAACCAUUGCCGUUUUGUGAGAAUGUAGCAUCAUUUGUCGGAUGGAACGUUUUUUAUCACGUGUGUAAUUGGGUAGUUUGCAUGAUGUCUUUAGUUUGAUUUUGAGGAGUGAUGCUACGCCACCUCUCUCUCUCUCUCUCUCUCUCUCUCUCUCUCUCUCUCUCUCUGUUAAUUAGUGCCUCUUCGUUUUCAGUGUACAUUGCACAUUUAGAGGAAAUGUUUAAUUUUCGUUUUUCUAAUAUAUCCAUGCUGUAUCGAAUUUGUAAAGUCGAACAUUAGAAAAUUGUUUUCAGGGAAAGGUUUAGAUGUAGAUAAUAUCAUGGCCUUACUUUCCUUGUUUCUCUAGGCGGUUGUCUAAGCUGGAAAUGUUGAAGCGGCGUGGGAAAGGCCCACCGAAGAAAGGACAAGGAAAGCGUGCUGCAAAGCGUAACAAAUAA